CGAAACGGCAGGAGCGAGACGGAUGCUGGGGAUCUGACCGUCCGUUCAUGCGAUGGCGUUAGGAGCUGACACGUGUCAUGAGGUUUCGCUUGGCUUCCUCUUUGUCCGCUUGCUUUCCCGCUCUGCUACUUUCUGUUUGUUUCUCGAGGAAAUUCCGCAACUUGUUACUCGUCAAUGGAGAAAUCGGGAGCUCACCGAUCACUCAGUCGUCCGUUGACCGAAUCUGCAUGAUGUUUCUUCACAAUUUCGUCCGCCGGAGACUGUCUUCUCUGUUGCGGCCGUUGAUGCGAGAAGAACCCGAUCUUCGACUGGAAUUAGGGUUCACUGGUAUGACCGUGACAUUGCGGAAUCUCAAAUUUGACGUUUCUCUACUUAAUCAGCUCCUCGAUGGCUCUGCUCGUCUCUACUUCGAAGAAUUCACCGUCGACUACGUGGGAAUUCACUUGUCCGUUUGGUCGGCUCCUGCAUUUAAGAUCGAAUUUCGCGGUGUACAUGUCAAACUAUCAGCCAGGGCGAUGGAGGAAGGUAGUUCGAGAAGGACGAGGACAUCACACGACACUGUUGCAAAGGAGAUUAAGGAAGUUCUCUCGUCUAUUGAUCCCGAGGGCUGUUUCUUACAUGAGAUUCUGGAGAAGAUCAUGGGUACUACUUCUCAGAAAAGUAAAUUCAAAAUUUCCUGUUCGAAUCUUAUGCUCAGGCAUUGCAGUAUUCGGAUGGUCGGUAUUAGUGUUCAAGUUUGGUUGCCAACUUCAAGCGAUUCCCUAGGUUAUGUACUGAAUAUAAACGAGCUGAGGAGCGAAUCUGAGGAUUCUGGACAUGGUAGUUUACUCAGGGGUUCUCUUAGUGCACUUUUAUUCCCUUUGAGCCAGAGUUCUGUUAAUCUGAGUGGGUGCGGUUUCAAGAUUGGGUAUAAGAGGAAUAGUGAUAUCAACAACCUUUGUUUUUGUAGUGACCUCGCCAUCCUGAUUAAUUUGCACAAUCUUCAACCUGUAGAUCUCAUUAUCCGUGUGCCGGAGUUGGGCUUGUUGUGUCAACCAACUGAUCUUCCAGCUCUUUUGGCCUUGUCAAUGUUAUCAUCCAACAAAAGCAAGUCCAUCAGAAGCGGACGUCAUCUUUGGAAAGUAGCUGCCAUCAGAAUUGGGUCAAUGACCUCGUCUCACAAAUUGUCAUUCUGGCACCUAGUUGGUACUGUUAUCCUGUGGUUGCAUUAUGUGAAUGCUUAUGAGUAUCUGCUGUUGUCAGUUGGAUUCUCGAGGAAUAAACCAGAGAAAUCAUCAUUUUGGAAGAUUUCAGGGAACAAAGGGCUUUCUGCAACUGCAAGUCGUAAAUGGGAGGCGAUUUGUAAUAUUGAGAAAGAGCUCCCUACUGAAGCCAUUGCACAGGCACGUCGAGUAGCCAGAUAUAGAGCUUGGAUGAACGUUCAAGAGGCUGAGGGUAAUUGUGAAGAGUCUUCCCUGUGCAGACACCUCUUUUACUUGUACAAGGUCAUUUGGGUUUUAGCCUAUAUCUGGAGAGUUAUUUAUGGAACAUUCCUGUCAAUGACUGGCUUUCUCUUUUCGAGGAGAAUAUCGUCUCAGGAACUAGGAAGCAAUAUAGAAGACGAAGUUGAUUCGGAACAUCUAUUUCCUGAGUUUCAUGCAGUCGCAGAUCUUGGGAGGGUUUCGAUCACAUUUUAUCCAGAAAAAACGAAUUCCCCUUUUGAGAAAUCCGAAAAGAAUAACAGACUCUUGUACUCAAAUUUUGUUUCGCUAUGCCUUUCGGUUGAUGAGUUUUUACUGAGGUAUAUUGUUGGCUUCUCGGAUCAAUCUUUGUCGAUUUCCUGUGGAAAAAUGAAGGUUGUAUCCUCAAAUUUCGGCAGAAGUCGUUCAGUAAUAAGUCUCUCAAAGGAUCCUAGUAGUUCUGUUGAAAGAAAUAAGAAGCACAUGGAUGGUGAUUUGAAACCUAUUCUAUGCGUGGGGCCAGCAGAAGCUACCCUGCUUUCCAAUCUUGACAAAAGCCAACGCGGUGAUCGAAGUGAAGGCGCCAUGCAUCUACAAGAUUUUCUGAGGGAAAUGUGGUCUAGUUGGAUCCGGGGUCGCUUGAGAUUAGAAGAAAUUGGAUUGAAGUAUUCUGAAAAACCUUGUGUUCUUUGCGAGAUCAAAAGCUGCACGGCAUGCAGGGAUCUGGGCAAUCAAGUUUCUGGGCGCUGGAAAUGUGGUAUUAUACUAGGAAAAAUGGAUGUUAUUCUAGAAUAUUCAUCAUUGUUAUCAAUGGUUCUGCUAUUUUUGCAGUCACGAUGUGCUCAAAGGUUAUUUACAGAUGAAAUGACUGCAGGGUUUCUUUCAAAUUCUCGGAGAACGAGUGGGGCUGAUCCUGAAAAUUCUAGUAGUAACAAAUAUGAGAGCUGUAGUCGUAAAAUUGGAACGGCUUUGCAUAGACAUAUUCCGGAGAAACAGAUUCACGUUGGUGUACUUGUUGCUGGCCCUCAGAUUCAAUUGUCUGUGGAAAAGGGUAUUAAUAACGGAGAAGUGGGUGAUGUAAUUGGGAGAAAAGGACAACUUGUUUUGUUCGAUUUCCACGAUGUCGAGUUUGCUGUAUGGCCAAGUUCAAAAUCUGAUGUGGUGUCGUCUGAAACAUCUUCGACGGACAAUGCAAAGUCAGAUUGGCCCUUGUUUAAGAAGCUGAGGCUGAUUGAUACAGGAAACUCAACUAAUGGAAAAUAUGUUUCUCAAGGAUGGAAUUCCCUCUCUUCAUACCUUGGAUUUGAUGGUUUUGAUUGCUCUUUCUGCAAAAUGACAGAAAAGCAAUGGAGUCAAACUUUUGUAUUGAGACCCAUAACGAUCUGCUUUUCAUCCGUAAGAGAGCAUGUUUAUUCGUUUACUGAAGCUGUAACGGCUUUCUCAACUGGUGUCCAUGCAUUGGCAUUGGGUUUGACUAUUGUAUCAAGAAGGGAUGAUUUAAAUGCUUUAUUUCAGAUGCUUCUAGACUUGUUUUCUGAACUAUCCCGUGGUUUGAGUGACUUUGGCUCUGUGGUUUAUUCACCGGGAAAAGAAUUACUAGAGUCUGAUGUGGUGCAUGUGGAAAAGGAGAUUGAUGGAAUGUUUCACGAAACUCUCUUUUCGGUUAAUGCCAGCGUUAAGCUAAAGCCUGUAAAUGUGAUUCUUCACAUCCCUGCCGCAAACAACAGAAUUGAGAAGUUUAUGGAGCUCACCGAAUUUGGAAUCUGGUCUUCUGUCCGGGAAACUAGUGUAGAUGUAUCCUAUGAAGAGAGCAGGUUACAUGUUAAUGUUGAUUUAUGUGAUCUCAAAUCGAUAGUUUUCAGAUAUCAGGAUGAUGCAUGGAAGAGUUUCAGUAAAUCUAUCAAUGGAUUUUUUCCGUUCAAGUCACACCAUCUCUUGUCCGAGGCAUGUCUUUCUAGCUUCGUAUUGAGAUUGUAUAUGGAUUGCUCAGGUGCGUCAGCUCCAGGUGAUUCCUGUUUUAUGGCUGGUGAUUCUUCUGCAUGUUAUGCAGGAAGUUCAUCAAAAGCCAGUGAAAUGCAGAAUUUGUACCCUGCUUCAGACCCAUCAGUUCCCUACUCAUCCUAUUGGAUGGACAUAGAUUUGGCAUUAACUGAUUUACUUAUAGCAAGGUGCUCAAUAAAGAAUGUUUUGGUUGGAGCUCGUCGUUCCUCUAAGUUUUUGACUUCUGUUUCUGUUGGGCGAAAGUUUCGGUCAAUCUCGUGGGCAAUUCAGGGUGGUCUUUUCAUCCUUGAACCAGUUGCUUUGAUGAUCUUCAUUCAAGGUUUUUCUUCGUACCUUGAUUUCAUCUCGAGUAAGGUAUCAACAGUACAAUCUUCUGCCCCAGUUCUUAGGAAAGCUGAGGCUGAUUCAGGUGUCAGUGAACUUAAUGUUCUUUCUCAACAAAUAAAAAUGACAGCCAUUGAGGGAUUUUCUGUAGACGUGACCCAGUUUGUCCUUGGGUUCGUUGGUGAGGAUGAAUAUGGAGGUAUAAGGGAACUUGUUCUGGAGGUCAAUCUCCAUAUUGCCCUUGAAAUGGAGAGCAGAGAAAAGAAAUUUCUUUGCGAGAUUUCUCGCUUAUCAGUUCUUUCUAAGAUUCUUGAGAACAUUGACAAAGAAAUUCACAUUGCCCAAUUUUCUUCUCCAGCGUUUAGUGAAACUUCUUCUUUUCUGUCUGGUGCUCCACAUCAACCAUUUCAGCAAAGGGAUGUAAUCAGUUUAGAUGAUAGCACAAGUGUUUCAGGAGAUUUGGAUUCUACAAGAGAGUCUCCUAUGUACAGCGAUGUGCCUGGGGAGUUUUACUCAGGUUAUAUCUUGAAAGACCUGCGUAUCUCCGUAUUUCUUAAGAAGCCAGAAAAUGAUCUUCAUCAGUUUAAUGAUGCCUGGGUUGGAAGUUGUUCGGUUGUAGGUUUUGACAUAACCAUUUCUCUGUCAGAAUUGCAGAUGAUCCUUUCCAUGAUUUCAUCCUUUGCUGGAUUAACUGGAGGAGAAACUACUGAUGUUUCUUCACGAAGGCAAAGUUCCGACAGUGAAACCAAAAGAAGUUUGGAGUCUGUGGUUCCUGAUGGUGCAAUUGUUGCGAUUCAAGAUGUACAUCAACAUCUGUUCUUCACAGUUGAAGGUGGACAGGACAAGUAUAUGCUUGCUGGCACCCUUCAUUAUUCACUUGUGGGAGAAAGAGCUCUUUUCAGGGUCAAAUACCACCGUCAGAGAAGAUGGAAAUCAUCUAUCUUAUGGUUCUCCCUAACAUCUUUAUAUGCCAAGAAUGUUAAAGGAGAGCCGUUACAGUUAACCUAUCAUUCAGGAUCAGAUGCCGUUAACAUCUCUGGAAUUCAUGAGAAUGCUACAACACUCUGGCGAGCAUCCUUUUGUGAAUUUGAGAAUUAUAAGGGAGAUAUUGACUGGGAGACCUACCGCAAAUUAGUCGAAGGUUCAUUUUUCCUUGUCAACAAGAAGAGCAAUUCUGCUGUUGCAUUUAUUGAUGGUUUUCCUGAGUUUGUCAGGAAGCCAGGAAAUCCAUUCAAGUUUAAGGUGUUCCGCGACAGUUUGGUGACCCAUGAUGUUAGGUCUACAGUACAUCAUGAAGAUCAUAAUGAUGAAAUGCAGGCUUCUGUAAAGGACAUUCGCUCCCCCUGUAUCAGCAUAACUUUUGAUGAAGUAGCUCUAACUAUUGUUCAUGAACUCUCGGAAACCAGGGACAGGUUCCCUCUUCUUCGUGGUUCGAUCAAUAUCACGCAGCUAGUGGUACAGAUGUUAUGUUCUAAAGCCAGAAUUAUAAGUACGUCAAAAGUUUCCAUCGAGUACUAUGAUGCACAGAAAUACCAGUGGCAAGAAUUUAUUCUGCCGGUUGAAGUUAAUGCUUUCUGCCGCUCUACUUAUCAGACUCAUGAUUUGAUAAAUGCUUCAUGUAAAGCACCUAUUCAUAUCUACUGCAGAACUGGAAGGUUGGAGGCCUUUCUAACUGAGCUGUCUUUGGAUAUACUUCUCUUUGUGCUUGGUAAACUGGAGUUUGCUGGCCCGUUUUCUGUGAAAAGCGCUGCUAUUCUUUCCAAUUGUUGCAAGAUAGAAAACCACUCAGGUCUUGACCUUCUUUGUCGUUUCAAUGGGAGACAAACUGUUGCUGUCAGUAGAACACAGACUGCUUCAAUCCUUCUUCGGUAUUCAGAUCUAGUGAGUAAUUCUCCAGAAGCUUCUCCGGUUGCUGCAAUCCAACUAUCGGCUGGAAAUUUCACAACUUCUUCUAUUAACCUUUCUUUGUUGCUAGCCAGAACGCUAGCUUGGAGAACAAGAAUAGUGUCAGUCCAAGAUUCAAGGAGUCAUCCUGGACCAUUUAUCGUUGUUGAUAUCAAGAAGGGGUCGGAGGAUGGUUUAUCAAUCUCAGUUUCUCCUUUGACGAGGAUCCAUAAUGAAACUAGGCUUCCUAUGGAGAUACGUUUUCGAAGACCUGAACAGAAGGAAGACGAUUAUGCCUCUGUAACUCUGAAACCUGGGGGUGCAAUUGAUGAUUCAGUGGCAGCAAUAAAUGCCAUUAGCUUGUCUGGAAAUGUGAAGAAGGCAUUGACAUCGCUAGCUGUCGGUAAUUUUUCGCUCUCGUUCAGACCUGAAUCCCUGGAAAUUUUGUUUAAGAAUGAGAAAUCACUCAUGAGUGACUGGUCGGAAGAGCUUAAAGGGGGGAAGGCUGUUCACCUAUCUGGAAUUUUUGAUAAAUUAAGCUAUGGAGUUAAAAAGACUUUUUCUAUUGAAUCUGUGAAAUGUUCUUUCACUACUGCAUACUGUUCUGUCACAUCCGAACAUCUGAAAGUCGGCAAGGUGCAUUUUCUGAUCCAGAGUAUUGGGAGGGAUGUGCCUAUCAUGCAACCUGAUGUGUCCUCUGAUGGAUCUGAGACUCACAGUUCAUCUAUUGCACUGCGAGAGCAGAAGGAAAUUUUCCUUUUACCUACUGUGCAGGUGUCCAACUUUCUGUCCUCUGAAGUAGCCAUCUUAUUAACAGAGACUGAUGACUUUACCUCAAUGGACUGCAACAACAGUGGCAAGCCGACAACUGUACAGAGCGGAGAAACCGUUGAUUUCUAUGUUAAUCCCAUCAUAAUAUACUUUAGUGUAACUCUCACUGCUUUUGGGACCUGCUGCAAAUCAGUCAAUAGCAGUCAAUGGGUGAAGAAGUUACAGAAACAGAAAAGUGAUGUUGAAUGUUUGGAUGUUGAUCUUGAUUUUUCUGGUGGAAAAUACUAUGCGUCAUUGAGAUUGACUCGAGGGAAAAGAGGCAUACUGGAGGCAGCCGUUUUCACAUCAUACACUCUAAGGAAUGACUCUGAUUGCUCCUUGUUCUUCUAUUCCCCUGGUCAAAAACCUCUAUCCAGGGACGACAUAAUGAAAUUUGAUCACAGUGUCCCACCUGAGUUUGGACUAUAUUUGCCCCCAGAGGUGGAGGGGUCAUGGUUUUUGAGAUCUUGCAAGGUCUGUGUCAAAUUGGUUGAAGAUCGUGGAGCAAGUGAGGCAAUAUUGAAUUUAGAUACUUUAUCAGGCCUUACCGAGGUCAGUCUGGAAACAGAAGAUGAAGCUGGAUUUCGGUAUAUAACAAGGUUUGGGUUGUCUGUAAGACCAAUCUCAAGUAAAAUUUGUGUUCCAACACAAAUUGUAACUAUUGCUCCAAGGCAUCUUGUAAUCAAUGACUCAGAAGAGACAAUCAUCAUCCAACAAUGCUGUUUUCAGGAUGAUUCUACAGGCAUAAUCACCUUGAAAAGCAAGCAGAGGUCAAUGUUAAGAUUGCGAGAAGAAAUUGCCAAGAGGAAAGAACUUCAUCUGUUUGAAAACUUUAUCAGAAAGCAUGGAAACGACAAAGCUAAUUCGUUGAUUUUCAUCCAAUUCCGGCCGCACAAAGCUCAAUGGACCUGGUCAGGCCCAUUGUGCAUCACUUCAAUGGGACGUUUUUUCCUCAAGUUCAGAAAGCAGCAUAGUGAAGCAGUCGACGGAGGAACACCUGAAAUUGAAUUUGCAUCUGUCAAUGUGACAGAAGAUGGUUCAACUCUUACUGUGCACUUUCACAAACCACCAAAUAUCCCACCACCCUAUCGCAUCGAGAAUUUCUUGCACUCUGCUUCUGUCACUUACUAUCAAAAGGAUUCAUCAGAGAUCGAAGUACUUGGACCUGGAAGUAGGGCUGAUUAUGCAUGGGAUGAUAUGACCCUUCCACAUAAGCUUGUAGUCAUAGUAAAUGACUUGGAUCCAUUGCGUGAAGUCAACUUGGAUAAGAUCCGUCCAUGGAGACCUCUUCUCAAGGUGACUCAACACAGAGGCCUAGUGAACCACUUGGUGUUAGAAAAGAAGGCCAACAAACAGAAAAUUAAUUGUGGGGAACUGAGUAACAUACAUAUGGUAAAGGUUGGAUACGAAGUAUAUGCAGAUGGUCUUACACGAGUUCUUCGCAUUUGCGAAGUUUCAGAAAGUUCUAAGGGUGACACAAUGUUCCAUUCUCGUUCAAAAAUUCAGUUCAGAGUAAACCACCUAGGGAUUCACUUGCUUGAAAAAGUGAAGCAGAAUUUUGAGGAGAACUCUGUGCCAUCCUUUGCGCCGAUCCUAGUGGUGAGACUAGAAAAUAUUUGUCUGCAAUCCUUGUUCACUGACCAGCAGAAAUUUAACCAAAUAUGUAUAGAGGCAUUGACUGUUGAUCAUAAGUGGGCAGGGGCACCUUUUGCAGCCAUGCUUCGCCAGCACCACCCAAGUUCCCGUGAUUCAAAUUAUUGUCUGUUCAGAUUUGUAUUUGUCCUGGUUUCAAGUGGUUCUAAUGUUACACAAGUCAAGUACUCCUCAAUAGUCCUGCAGCCAAUUGAUUUGAACCUUGAUGAGGAGACUCUAAUGAGAAUUGUGCCAUUCUGGAGAACAUCUCUAAGUACAAAUUCUCAGAGUCGUCAAUUUUAUUUUGACCAUUUUGAAAUCCACCCUAUAAAGAUUAUCACAAAUUUUCUCCCCGGGGACUCAUACUCAAGCUAUAACUCAGCUCAGGAAACACUGAGGUCACUGCUGCAUUCUGUAAUUAAGGUUCCGCGGAUAAAAAAUAUGGUUGUAGAGCUAAAUGGGGUACUCAUCACUCACGCUCUGAUAACUGUUCGCGAGUUACUUAUCCGAUGUGUAAAACACUACUCAUGGUAUUCAAUGAGAGCAAUCUACAUCGCCAAAGGAAGUCUGUUGCUUCCACCGGCUUUUGCAUCCAUGUUUGAUGAUUUCGCUUCAUCCUCUCUGGAUGCAUUUUUCGAUCCUUCUGGUGGCUUGGUGAAUAUUCCUGGUCUGACAUUAGGUACCUUUAAACUCCUCAGCAGGUUUAUCGACAGUAAAGGAUUAUCAGGGACAAGGCGCUACUUUGGCGACCUCGGGAAAACUUUAAAAACAGCAGGGUCCAAUGUAGUCUUCGCUGCUGUCACUGAAAUCUCCGACUCGGUUCUGAAGGGUGCAGAAAUGAAGGGUCUUGAUGGACUGGUUAGCGGUUUCCACCAAGGAAUCCUUAAACUGGCAAUGGAGCCCUCACUGAUAGGGACGGCUUUGAUGGAAGGUGGACCUGACAGAACGAUUAAGCUCGACCGUAGUCCUGGUGUUGAUGAGUUAUAUAUCGAAGGAUACCUUCAAGCUGUGUUGGAUACCAUUUAUAGACAAGAAUAUCUCAGAGUCAAAGUCAUCGAUGAUCAGGUUUUUCUCAAAAAUCUUCCUCCAAGUAGUUCUCUUAUAGACGAGAUAAUGGAUCGUGUUAAAGAUUUCCUUGAGAGCAGGGGUUUACUCAAAGUAGAUCCCACAACAUCCCGUCCUCUUCGUCGCCUUCAUGGAGAAAGAGAAUGGAAAAUCGGACCGACAGUGAUGGCCCUAUGCGAACACCUCUUUGUGAGCUUUACAAUUCGGAUGCUAAGACAACAGGCCAGUAAGUUCGUUUCAGGUGUACGGUCUAAAGAGAAAACGGAGGCUGAGGCCAAGGAAAGCACAAGUACAACAGCCAUAGUACCCGCAGGAGCAGCCAGAGACAGCCACAAGGUAAGGUUUAUGUGGAGUUCAGGAAUUGGAAAAUUCAUUGCAUCGGGUAUUAUCGCAUACAUCGAUGGUAGGUUGUGUCGAAAUAUUCCGAACCCUCUCGCCCGUCGGAUCGUGAGCGGUUUUCUGUUAAGUUUGCUUGACAAUAGCGAUGAACAAUAGUAACAUCUCUUGGGGGGCUCUCUUUCUCGUCUCUAGUAAUAGAUAGUCUUUGAUUGUAUAGUUUUUCUUGAUUGGAUAUGUCUCCCCUGAAAUUUCAUUUCAGUCUGUAAAAUUAAGUUUUGCAUUGUUAUAUAUCAUCAGAGAGAGAAUGAGAUGGUUGAAGGUA